AUGGAUGAGCAACUGGGAGAUCGUCUUAAUUAUCACAGUGAGCCAUCCUCUAUAGCGUCACUUGAAGACGAUCAAUCAGAGAGCCUUCUUCACAAUACCCACAAUAUUAGCUUUCUCGACAUCGAGAACCAACAGGUCGAUGACAUUGGACUAGAUCAUCGUGAAUUAAACGAUGAAUUUCUCAUUAGUGAUAAAACUUUCAUAUCAGAAUUGCACAUCAGCUCGAAUGAAAGGAUAAACUUGUUCAUAAAUAACACCAUUAAUUUUCUACAUAAAGCUUUUAUAAGCGGACCCCAAGUCAAGGUUGACCCAAUAUACCAAUGUACUAUCACAUCCAAAUUCGCAGCACUAGAUAGAUUUCCUUUCCGGAUAUAUGCCUCUGUUUCUUUGAAAACCAGAAUGGUUGCUUUGGCACUUUAUCUAAUAGUUUGGCUCUUCGUGGUUAUGCCCAUGAUCUUAAAGAACUUGUACAGCUUACCAGAGAUUACCACAAAAAAUAUUGAUCGAAGUGAUUUUAAUCUAAAUAACACAGAUAUUGUACAAUUAUCUUGCCGGCAAUUCCAUAAUAUUUGGGAAGGAAAAUCCUGUCUGAAAUGCCUAAAUGCUGGUUGUUGUCUUGGAGACCUUCGGAAGUUUGAUAAGCCAAUGCUCCUUAGUACGGAGCUGACCACUACCGCAGAUUUAGUAAACUAUUCCCCUUACACCGUUGAUGAUAGAGAUAUCAUCAUCAAAUGCCCGGCGCUUUGCGAUAGUGAAAGUAAAAUAUAUUCUACAAUGACCACUGGCCUUGAGACUCAUAAAUAUAUCAGCUAUGUGGUUGGUGGGGGAUUGAUUGAAGAUAUUGAAAAUUAUGAACAUUUGACUCAUAGUGAACAGAUUACGUAUCCUUAUAGAGCUGACUCUUUUCCAUGUGCCGCUGCUCUUCAUGCUGGAUUGAUUUCUGCCACCCAUGGAGGCUCGGCAAGGAUGUCCUUUGUCAGCAGUAACGAUAAAACAAUCACGAGCUUCGAUUCUAAAAAGGGCAAGUAUUUCAGUUCGGUGGGGUUCAAUAGUACUUUCCCUUAUUCUUUUAUUUUCAAGUCUUUGAAAGACUCAAAAAAUGAAUCGGGGUUUGAAAUCAUCGUGAAGAACUGUUAUGACUACCGAAUGCGUAUCACAUUGGUGAAUAUUUUAUUUGGGAUUCCGCUCAUGUAUUUUUAUGAAGGGGUCAUUGAUUAUGUUGUUAUAUCGAUAAUGGCGUUUUGGAAUAUUAUUCUUGCGCUAGACCCUCCAAUUAUCCUUGAUAAUUUUAACCCAGAGGCUACAAGCUAUUUAUUCAGUGUUGGCUUUAGAAGAUUAUUACCUUUAGCGUUUGUUCUCUACACUAUUUGGAGAAUGGCAGUGAAAAGCACUUUGAACAAAAAUGCUUCACCAAUUGGAAAGAUUUUGCUUUGGUAUUUUCUCUUUUGGGUGUCUAUUAUGAACAAUCUAACUUUCGAUAAAUACUUGACUGUUGAUCGGUUAUUGAUCAGCGAUUUAAAAGGGCAAAUCAGUUCAAUUUUGACGGUGCUCAUUAUCGGAUCAAUUUUGAUAGUCUGUGUGCUCAUUCAGACAUUUGCAGUUUGGAGAACCGGAAAAUUGGUUAAAUAUUUGUCAUUUUAUUUCACAGUUAUUAUUUCCUGUGUGCUUUUGAAUAAAAUUCCCGGUGUUACAUUACGUAUUCACCAUUACAUUUUUGGGUUAAUAUUGAUCCCAGGAACAUAUACCCGAGGGUUUUCUGCCCUUUUAUUCCAAGGCCUUUUACUUGGGUUUAUCAUUAACGGUGUUGCAAGAUGGGAUUUCGCAUCGAUUGUGGAAACUGAUGGAUCAUUGAGAAGAGAUGAUCCUUUUUACAGAGAAGAUUUGAGACCCCCAGUAUUCAAUGAUUAUGAUAGGGACUUGCAGGCACUUUCCUGGAUCGAAUCAGCAUCGAUGUUCAAUAUCGAGGAGCAAGAUUAUGAUGACAUAAACCCUAAUAUAUUGGAUGGGUUCUCCCUAAUAAUAAACGAUAUAGAAAGAUAUAGAGGGGUCAAUUCGACAAUCUACAUUCCUGAACUAAUUAAAUUGAACCCUGAUUUUAGAGAAUUUGUGGAGACUUCUGUGGCAGCUAUGGAUGGUAAACCAUUAGAAUUAUACUUAAGAGUUGCAAGAGCUUCUACCACGAUGGUUUACAGACUAGGCGAUUAUACUAAUGCUGCAGUUUUGACAUGGCCAUCUGGUGAAUUCAUCAUGCCAAAACCAGGAGUUUCCUGA